CAGCUUGAGGAGAGCUGUUUAUAGUGGGUGAAACUUUGUGUGCAUGUGAUGGGUGUGGGACUAAACAACCUAAAACUUCUGGGUGUACAAUGGAACAGCACUGAGCAAGGUCCCAUCCAGUGACUCUCUUUGGGUAACAGCUGCACAACAAGUAGGCAACUAUGUCAAGACGAAAGUACAUUGAGCCCUCAAGGCUCUGGAUUUGGGCAUCGUUUCUAUUAGUGGAAGGUUCAAGGUCUCGUUCCGUGGAAUUUGCCCCACAGAUUCUUGAUCACCCUUCCAACCUUGUGGUACGAAAGGACCAACCAGCCACCCUGAACUGUCGUGCUGAUGGAAAUCCAGCUCCCACCAUUGAAUGGUAUCGCAAUGGAAAGUAUGUGAAACCCAGCAAAGAGGAUGCUACGUCCCAGCCUACCCUCCUGCCAGAUGGGUCCCUCUUCUUCCUCCGACUCAGCCAGGAGAAGGGAAAAUCAGAUGAGGGUGUAUACCAUUGUCUGGCCAGAAAUCGUCUGGGUAAAGCCAUGAGUAAAAAUGCAUCACUCUAUUUGGAAGUCCUAGAAGAGGAAUUCCGACUUCAUCCUAGUGACUUGAAGGUGACAAUUGGGGAAUCGUGGUUGUUGGAGUGUGUGCCUCCACUGGGGCGUCCAGAGCCCAUCAUCUCAUGGAGGAAGAACGGAGUGCCCUUAAGUGCAGAAAAUGGCCAUUAUGAGUUCUCGAAAGAAAAACUUCUGGUAGCCCAUGCCCAGAAGAGUGAUGCAGGAGCAUAUAGCUGCCUGGCUGUCAAUCAAGUAGGAGAGCAAGUGAGCAGAGCAGCCACGGUCACUGUCUUUGAGAGGCCAACAUUCAUUCGGAGACCCAGUGAUGUUGUAGCCAGUGUUGGCAGUAGUGUUCAGUUCACUUGUGGAAUCCAUGGAGACCCAAAACUUGUUGUGCAGUGGUAUAAAGAAGAUGGAGAGCUCCCUUCAGGGAGGUAUGAAGUAGACCAAGAAAAUGUCCUUCAAAUCCACCAUCUUACAAUGUGUGAUGCUGGGAAAUAUAUCUGUGCUGCUUACAGCCAUGGAGGGACCAUCUUUGCCAAGGCAGCUUUAACUGUGGAAGAUCCACUAGAUACCAGGCAGAAGGAAUGGAACAGGCCAAAAGAUGUUACAAAGGAACUGAUGGAGAUCAGAGUUUGCCUAGUAAAUGUGACUAUUGUCCCUUCUGCUCCAGCUGCCCAUCUGCAUUGGAAGGUCACCCCAACUUCCCAGCCCAUAGAGGCUUACAAGGUGUUCUAUCAUUCUCUGCUGCCCACAAAAGCACACUGGGCUGAAUGGGACGUCGCAAGAGACCAGCAGACCAUUAUUCCUGGACUUGAAAGAGGUUACAAGUAUGAAUUCAAGGUGCGACCAUAUUUGGGGAAGAUCCACGGCAUAGACAGCAACGUGAGACAUCUGUACAUCCCAGAGGAAGUGCCAAGUGCUGCUCCACAAAUCAUCAGUAUCACUGUAUCCAGAGGUGGGAAUAGCACUGUGAUCCUUCAUUGGGAGCCCCCUCCACCAGAUACCCACAAUGGCAUCAUUAAGGCUUAUCAGGUCUGGUUCCUUGGCAAUGAAACUCAUCCAGGAUUUAACAGGACAGUAGAUGGAGACACACAUAGCCUGGAAACAAUAGGACUCCCAAGUGGGCAUAAAUACUGUGUGAAGGUAGCUGCAAUCAAUGGAGCAGGUGUUGGAAUAGCUAGCAAUCCUGUAUGCGGUAUUGCAGAGCCUAUGGUGGAGAAGAUGGCAAAGAGCCCAGACUUUCUGUCAGCUAACUACAUGCUGGAACUAGUGCGCCAGCCUGUCUUCAUUGCCAGCGUAGGUUCGGCACUCUGGAUCAUGUUGAUGGUGCUGGCGGUUUAUGUCUGCCAGCAACAAGCCAGGCAGUUUGGUGGUGGAAGACGGUAUGCCCUUGGAGAAGGACUAUAUCGGAAUGCAAGUGAUGACACGAUCAUCAAACAUAGGGUAGACGCCGGUGAUUCUCCUUGGCUUUCAGAUACAUGGAAAUCCACAUCUGGUUCCAAGAAUUACAGUACCAGCAGCAGCCUUAGUAGCCAACUUCUGUGGAUGGAAUCCAAAGACAGCCAAGAAUUCCACAAAUCUAGUAUACAUUUUCUUCUUCUUCAUUCAUGGUGCUCCUGUACAUGCUAUCUUCAUCCCCCAGAGGACUUCAUGAACCAGCAGCUGGACAAGGAUUCUCUGAAGACGGUCAAAGAGUCUCUGGAUGAAAACCAGUCCUUCCCCACCUUGCCUUACAACCAGCUUUCUGCAGCUUCAGACCCUGCGUCUCUCAGCGAUGACCAGGAGACCGUUCUCACCCCAGAAGAGGUGGCAGAAUACUUAGAACUCAGCACAGAAACGGAUUGUCAAAGGGAGCCAGAUGACAGUGACUCAACCACUUCCCACAUCCUCUUUCCAUCUCAUAGCUAUGGCUAUAUCUGUGGUCCUCUGGCCAUUGAGCUGCUGGAAAAUGAUGUGUUGGAUGAAGAUGAGGAUCCCAACAUGGUGGAAGGUCCCUGUUCAUCCACCAAAUUCUUCCGCAGUUCCUGCCAAACUCCAUCAUCCAGCCUGAGUGAAGACGAGGCAUCCUUAGGAGGCUCCCUGGUGAAUGGCUGGGGAUCUAUUUCAGAGGACAAUGGCACCAGCACUCGCUGCAGCCUGGUCAGCUCUUCAGAUGGAUCCUUCCUGUUGGAUGCCAACUUUGCUCAAGCCCUGGCAGUGGCGGUGGACAGUUUCUGCUUUGGGCUGGCAAAGAAGGAAAUUGACAGACCUUUGACAGAUUUUUUGCCUCCUGCAUCUCCUCUGGAUGGCCUCCUGCCUCCUCGGCCUCUCACAAAGAGCUCAGAAGAAGUGCAACGGAAGCUUGGAUCACAGCCCCUUCCUGUCUGGGAAUGGAGCACUGAUUGGGUGGAGGAGAUGGAAGCCAAGUAUAUGCAACCAGCUGAGAACUGGGAGGCUGCUGUUAAGCCAGGAAAAGGAAGGAUAGCUGCACCAGAAGAAGCCCAGCUGGUCCCUACUUUUAUACAACAGGGAACGAAUGACAAGUGUUGUUGCUCCAAGGUAGAGGGCCACCUACCAGGAAUGCUAAAGUAGUAGCUGUCCUGCUUUGUUUGGAGUUUGGUGUUUAGAAUUUGAUGAAUUUUGAGUUCUUUUUUCAGUGCUAGGAGUCUAAUUCAGGAAAGCUGUGGUCCCUGCCAAUCAUCUGUAGAAAUGAACAACUCACCUAAUUUCAUCUUUUUAGAAAAGGAAAAUGCUUAUGUUUUUUCCAUCCCAUUUUUUAUUUGAUUUUUAAAACAAACCAGACUCAAUUUUCACCCAUCUUCCCUGGGCAAAUCCAGGUAACAUUUCUUGGAGUGGAAAAAAAAUAAGUUCUACUGCCUACUCUCAAAAUUGAGGAACUGGUCAGAAAGCAACUCUGAUUCAGGAUUGACGUCACUUGGAUUUGAACCAGGACUUUAAAAAUGGUGCAUGUUUUCUUUUGCAUUCAGACGGGUGCUAAAGACAUGGUGUCCAGGUCAGAUUGCAGAAGGGGAAAUAUCAGUUGGAUUGACCAGGCAAAUAUUACUUUAAGGCCAAGGUCAGUUGGAAGGAAACUCGAGGCCCAGGAGAAGGAGAUUCUAAAUCCAGACAAAGUAGGGUGUGCUUAGGUCUCUAACAUACCUAGAUAACAAAUAGCAGAAUUGCAUUUUUUUUUUUUGCUUUGUCACUACUUUAUUUAUAGGAUGGGGCACCUAGCAAAUGUUCUGCAAGUGGUUAGUGGGACAUAGGAGGUUUUGAAGCUUUGAAAACCUUUUCAGUUAAAAGGAUGAUGGCUGCUGAGGUUUCAAACUCAUGCCAAGCUGUGAUUUAGCAAGCUGCUGUACCUGUCAACUCCCCCCACCGUUUCUUCUGUUGCAAAAGGCGCAUGAGCUUGGUUGGUCAGGUGCAACAGGUUCAUUUUACCUGACCCACUUCUGCCAUGUUGCACUUGGGACCCACUGAAAUAGGUUACGCUGAACAAUGUUUUAUUCAUUAUCAUUCCUGGGGGCUUUGGUUUUUUUUUUGUGUUGGGUAGUUUUGCUCAAAGUCAUCUGAUUUUGAAGGAGGGAACUUUACUUCUCUUGUCCCUUCUGCUUGUGUGAGUGUCUGGGAGUCCAAAUAACCAAAGACUCAAUGAAUGUCAUCCCAAACCUGCAGCCCUCGGCUGCUUCAAGUUUAUAACGAAUGGAGAUGGAGGAGGGAAGAAAGACCUAUUGAUUUCCAAUGCUGCAACUGACUGAUGGGGGCCUUUCAACCUCCCACACCUUUGCGCCUCAGUGAGCAGGCAAGAGAGAUUCAAUUAGUUGAAUGCCUUGUCUGAUGGAAAUAUCUAGCCCGGCCUUUGCUCUCUGCCAUCCUCACUUUGGAUCAGAGCUUCAUUUGGCAUUAGAAGGAUGGCUGCUUUUCAGCUGCAUUCUAACAUUCCAUAAAAUAGAGUUGAAGGAUGCUUUAUAGACCAGAGCAAAUGACUCAACCAUAGGCACUGAAGAGCCUGCCAGGAUAGAGCCAAAGACCAUUUGAAGACCAUUUGAUUCACCAUUUUGUGUCCCACAUGGCCAGCCAGAUCAAUUCAAGAGCCUAGCAAGCAUCAACAGGAGGAAAAUUGCUCACUUCUCUUGUGUUACUCCCCAAUAGAUGGCAUUUAAGAUCUGCUUUUUUUGAGUUAGUAAGCAUCCAUUAAGUCCAAUAACUUUUGGUACCCCUUAAAUGAAAUGAAUUUGGCAAUGCCCAUGGUAAUGAAUUCUGUAAUUCAGCCUUGUUUUGAAUGUAGACAUGAUUUCAGAAGCAGCUUUGUGAGGCCCAGUAUCCUUCAAAAAGGAGGCAUUAGGUAACUUGUUUGUUCGUGCAAUGAAAUGACUGGGUUAUUAGUAAAGAAAAUUUCUAAUAAUACUAUUAUCAGAGCAAGAAGGGUGGUAGCUCAGUGAUAAAGCAUAUACUCUGUGUGUCAAUGAUCCAGAGUUCAUGUGUUAGUUCAUGUAGGAUUGAGGAAGACUCCAAUUGAAUCUUUGAUGAGCUUCUUCCAAUUAUUAUAAACCAGGAUUUUUAAUCCUCUCCAAAUGUAUUGAGAGUACAAUUCUCUAAGAUUUGGUAAUAAUGAUGUCAAUACUUUCCUUUUCCCCAAUAUUUUGUGUGUGUGUGAAUCCUGGAUUUUGGUCUUGACAUGUAUGUUGGAUACCACCAGUAAAAAAAGACAUAAAUUGGAAAGUGUUUGCUCCCAUUUCUAUACUAAAGCAACCACCCUUUUCGUUAGCUCUGUUGUAAAUCUUGAACAUGCAUCUUCUGAUGUCCCAGGUAGAAUGAUUCAAAGGUUUGAUCCAUCUAUUCCUAACCUGAUGCUGCAGCAAAAAGCUAUGGUGUUACUGAGAGCAGAAGAGCAUUGACCAAUUAAAAUGCUGUCAACUUUUAAAGACUGACCCUUUUCAUGACAAUCAAAAGGAUGCUUCCUCUUG